CAAGAAAGGAGAGGGCAGAGUGAGAGGGAAGACAGGGAAAAGACGCAAGAAGUUACAACAACCCCUGGGGAUGAAGUGGUGACUGAGAGAUAGAGAGAUGAGGAGAUAGAACGUGUGACAGGGACCGAUUCACAGUGUGGACAACCUUACCAGGAGAAAAGGAGAGUAAGGGGCUUUUCACAGAGCCAGGAGCUGAGUAUUUGGAAAAGCAAAGAAACAUUGAAACCUCCUCACUUGAUCAAAGCUGUCUCUUCAAACAUCAUAGAGGAAGAAAGAGAGUGUGACAAGACAGACAUCUGCAGGUGUAGUUGAAGACAGGUGGACAUGCUGCCUGUGCUUGUGCUUCUCUGUGUGCCUGGAGGAGUUUGGGGGUCCGCCCCCGGAGUGUGGGGGUACGGACGGAUCCAGGACAGACAGGGGCCAGCGGCAGCGCUGUGCCCGUCUCCGUGCCAGUGUGAAGAAGAUGGGAUCUUUGUCAUGGUGGACUGCUCGGAAUUGGGACUAUCCUCCGUGCCGACCAACCUCAGCCCUCUCACCACUUACCUGGAUCUCAGCAUGAACAACAUCAGUGAGAUUCAGCCCAGAGCCUUCCACCGGCUGCACCUGUUAUCAGAACUGCGUAUCUCAGGGAAUCAGCUGAGGUAUAUCUCAGGCCACGCUCUCCAGGGUCUCCACAACCUCAAAGUUCUGAUGAUACAAAACAACCAAUUGGAGAGACUUCCUGAUGAUGCUCCAUGGGACCUACCCAACCUACUAUCUCUGCGUCUUGAUGCUAACCUGUUGUCUGAGGUUCCUGCUGGGGCCUUUAGGGGGGUUCGCUCCCUAAGACACCUGUGGUUGGACGACAACUCCCUCACAGAGAUCCCGGGGACGGCUCUGGACUCUCUGCCCUCCCUGCAGGCCAUGACACUGGCCCUCAACCAGAUCACACACAUCCCAGAUUAUGCAUUCACCAACCUCUCCGCCCUUGUCGUUCUGCAUCUCCAUAACAACCACAUCCAGAGCAUGGGUGCGAGAUGUUUUGAAGGUUUGCACAGUCUGGAGACACUGGAUUUAAACUACAAUGAUCUGCAGGAGUUCCCUGUGGCCAUCAGGACACUGAGUAAGCUUCAGGAACUGGGCUUCCAUAACAACAAUAUCAAAGCCAUCCCUGAGAGGGCCUUUGUGGGAAACUCUCAGCUCCAAACCAUUCAUUUCUAUGAAAACCCCAUCCAGUUUGUGGGGAAGUCUGCUUUCCAGUUCUUACCUAAGUUGCACACACUUUCUCUUAAUGGGGCAACCCAGAUUCAAGAGUUUCCUGAUUUGAAAGGAACCACCAGCCUGGAAAUUUUGACGCUGACUCGGGCCGGUCUCUCAGCUCUCCCUCUGGAUCUGUGUGAGCAGCUGCCUCGACUCAGAGUGCUGGAGCUGUCCUACAACCAGAUUGAAGAUCUGCCCAGUUUUUACCACUGCUCUGCACUGCAAGAGAUAGGGCUUCAGCAUAACCUAAUCAAGAGGAUAGAGUCAAGCACCUUCCAGCAGCUCACUUCUCUCAGAGCACUUGAUCUGAGCUGUAAUAUGAUCGAAUGGAUCCACCUGGAUGCCUUUGCUUCACUUCACUCUUUGAUCAAACUGGACCUGACGGAGAAUCGUCUCAGCUCAGUGCCUGUUGCAGGUUUAGGGGGUCUCACCCAUCUCAAGCUGAGGGGGAACACGGAACUAUAUGAGGCCUUCAGUCCUGAUUACUUCCCCCGUAUGAGGGUAAUAGAGAUGCCUUAUGCCUACCAGUGCUGCGUGUAUGGUUCCUGUGAUAGCUACAAGCCAACUGGUCAAUGGGACACGGAGCAGGGCAACCCUGACGAGGACAUACACAGGAGGACCGUGGCUAUGUACCCUAUCCACGCUGACACGCACUAUGACCCUGACCUGGAGGAGUUCCAACUAGAAAUAGAGGAAUCCAAACUACAAACCAGUGUCCAAUGCACACCAACUCCAGGUCCUUUCCGCCCCUGUGACUCUCUGUUGGGGAGCUGGCUGGUUCGUGUGGGCUUGUGGUCCAUCUCCUUGGUGUCUCUUCUGGGGAACUCCCUCCUGCUGCUCUCCCUCUUCGGCUCACCCGGCUACCUGUCACCGCUCCGCUUCACUGUGGCCUGCAUGGGGGCUUCCAACCUGCUGACGGGUGUGUGUACAUGCACCCUGGCCCUUGUGGAUGCUCUAACCUUGGGAGAGUUUGGUCACCACGGUGCCCGCUGGGAAGGGGGUCCUGGCUGCCAAGCAACAGGAUGGGUCUGGGUGUUUGCGUCUCAAGCAAGCGUGUUGCUGCUGACUCUGGCAGCUGUGCAGUGUGGAGUGAGCGUGACAUGUGCCCGUGCCUAUGGGAAGUCCCCAUCCCUUGGGAGUGUGCGCACAUGUGCACUUUUCUGCCUAACUCUCUCCCUCACUCUUGCUUCUCUCCCACUGGUAGGAGUUGGGGAGUACGGGGCCUCGCCUUUCUGCCUUCCCUCCCCUCUGCCACCCCCGUCCUCUCGACUACCAUCCUCCCUUGGCUUUCCCUUAGCGCUUAUUAUGAUGAACACCCUGUGCUUGCUCAUAGUCACAGGCUCAUACAUUCGCCUUUACUGGGAGUUACUUAGGGGAGAGUGUGAGGGCUUGUGGGACUGUGCUAUGAUUAAACAUGUUGCCUGGCUAAUAUUUACUAAUGGCCUCCUAUAUGUACCCGUAGCUUUUCUCUCCCUCUGCUCCCUGCUGGGUCUCCUAUCACUGGGCGAAGAAGUGCUUAAAUCAGUUCUCCUGCUUCUUCAGCCCCUGCCUGCCUGCCUCAACCCCCUCCUCUUCCUACUUUUCACACGAGACCACACCCAGUUCUUCUUCUGGCCUCACCCCAAAGCGCGUCCACAGCUACGCCGGGACCGCACACUGGACUCGCUGGUUUCUGUGGAGACAGAAAAAAGCUCCUGCUCCGAUUCAUCGACACAGGUGUCACUUGCUGACGCUGACGCCCUUUACAGUGGGGGGUCUUCUCUCCAACCCCAACUGGAUCUAAUCAGGUUUUCCCACUGCUCCACUUCUUCCUCUGUUCCUCUCAUUCCCUGCCAGAUUCCUACAGCCAGAGAUAGAGACAGGGUGACAGGAGGGAGCCUAAACGACGAGGAAUGCCUCAAGAGUUUAGAUCAAGAUGUGAUUCAUAACACUUGCCCCCUGUAUCACUCAUCUAUGAGUGCCUCUCUUACUUCUCAUCCAUGAACCUCCAAGCUAGCUGGGACACUAUGGACACUAAAGGACCACCACUGAACAGCAAGACCCUCUCUGGGUUAUCAAUCCUCAAGAACCUCAGCAUGUGUCCACAGAGACCGUAGAGUACUCUAGAGACGUCUUUGAGAACACAACAAAGUGCCUCUGAAAAUGGAGAGUGCAACUAAAAGUUCCCUUCAAAGUAAAGACUAUUAAAAAGGAAACACCCCACUACAACAUGUCUGUUCAAAUAAAAGGACAAUUGCAGACACUCCCCAGUGGACUGCUUGAGUCAUGGACUACGCAUCAGACAAAUCAAUGGUUAAGCCAGCGGGAAUUAAGGUAGAACCAGUAGAAAUGCAAGAGUAAAUGUUGUUUUCUGAAAUGUGAUCAUGAGACAUGCAGCUUAGAGGUUACAGAUUGUUUGGUUAUAUUUUAAGUGGAGUUAUCGUAUUAUUAUUUUAAAUACAAGUUCUCUGCUAUUGCUAAGGUCUGCUUCAAAGAAAGGGAGUCACAACAGGAUUUUUUCUUUACCAGACUAAGCUACUGUUUUUUUUUUAUUCACAGAAAUGUUAUAGUCAGAUAUUUCUUUGCAACUGUGUAAUAGCCGUUGUUCUUUUUUUUUUUUGUGGGAGCAAAAUGCAAAAGAUUCAUAGUUUCCAUGAUUCUUUCUCAAAUAUGCAAAUCUGCCCAAUAUGAUGCAAGCAGUUAUACAGACUGAAUGGGAUGUAGCUAUCUUUCUACAGACAUUAGAGUAGGCUAGCAAUAUGUACAUACAAAGUAACUACCUCUGAACUAGCAUGGUAUUGACUCACUACAGACUUAUGAUGUUUGUCUCCCUUUUUAUAUGACAAACAGCAAAUAUAUAAUUUUAUAUAUUAAGAAAUAAAUCCUUAGUUUGUAAAAAAACAACUUGCUAUUUAGGAUGUACAUACUUUGUAUACAACUGGUAUGCAUAUGUUUGAAUAAAAUUAUUAUCUUCAUACUGUAUAUACCAUCAACCACUCCGCUU